CCGCGCUCGCAGCACAUGGUCGGCGGCGCGCCCCCGAGGCCGGCGGAGACCGGCUGCAGCCGAUUAAGAAUGACCCAAAAGAAAUCACAGCUUUGUUCCAGAGCCAAUGUUUAUACUCAAGUGCCUGAUGGAGGAUGGGGCUGGGUGGUAGCUGUUUCUUUUUUCUUCGUUGAAGUCUUCACCUAUGGCAUCAUCAAGUCAUUUGGUGUCUUCUUCAAUGACUUAAUGGACAGUUUUGAUGAAUCCAAUAGCAGGAUCUCAUGGAUAAUAUCCAUUUGUGUGUUUGUCUUAACAUUUACAGCUCCUGUGUCCACUGUCCUGAGCAUUGGGUUUGGACACCGUCUGGUGGUGAUGGUCGGGGGGCUGCUGGUCAGCGUGGGCAUGGUGAUCGCCUCCUUCUCACAGAAGGUCUACCAUAUGUACAUUGCCAUCGGCAUCAUCUCUGGUCUGGGAUACUGCUUUAGCUUUCUCCCAACUGUCACCAUUCUGUCACAGUACUUUGACAGAAGACGCUCUGUGGUCACGGCUGUUGCUUCUACAGGAGAAUGUUUCGCUAUGUUUGCUUUUGCACCAGCCAUCACGGCCCUGAAGGAGACCAUCGGCUGGAGGUACAGCCUCCUCUUCGUGGGCCUCCUGCAGCUCAACCUCGUGGUCUGCGGGGCGCUGCUCAGACCCAUCAUCAUCAGAGGACCCGGGACCCCCAAAACCACCGCCCACGAAAAUCGGAAAGAAGCGCAAUACAUGCUUGAGAACGAGAAAACCCGCACCUCGAUAGAUUCCAUUGACUCAGGAGUAGAACUAACUACCUCACCUAAAAGCGUGCCUGGUCACACGACCGUAGAGCUCGAGCCCACGGCCGACCUGCAGCAGAUCCUGGGCCAGCCCGGCUGCACGCCCGGCCGCCAGAAGGCCCCGCUGCUGGACUUCUCCGUUUUGAAAGAGAAAAGUUUUAUCUGCUACGCGUUUUUCGGUCUCUUCGUCACCCUGGGGUUCUUCGCCCCGUCCUUGUACAUCAUCCCCUUGGGCCUCAGUCUGGGCCUGGACCGGGACCGCGCUGCUCUCUUAUUGUCCGCGAUGGCGAUCGCAGAAGUGUUCGGGAGGAUCGGGGCUGGGCUGGUCCUGAACAGAGAGCCCAUCCGCAAGAUCUACAUCGAGCUCAUCUGCGUCGUCUUACUGACUGUGUCCCUGUUCGCCUUCACUUUUGCCACUGAAUUCUGGGGUCUCAUGUCCUGCAGCGUGUUUUCCGGGAUUAUGGUCGGGACGGUGGCGGGGACCCACAUCCCACUGCUCGCUGAGGACGACGUCGUGGGAAUCGAGAAGAUGUCUUCAGCGGCUGGCGUCUACGUCUUCUUCCAGAGCAUCGCGGGACUGGCUGGACCGCCCCUUGCAGGGCUGCUGGUGGACCAGAGCAGGAUCUACAGCAGAGCCUUCUACUCCUGCGCGGCUGGGAUGCUGGUGGCCGCUGUGUGCCUCGCCCUCGUGAGACCCUGUAAAAGGGGGCUGUGCCGCCGGCCCCGAGCCGGGGAAGGGAAGGCCGAGAGUCACCGUGCGAAAGCUUUACAAGACAUCCCAGAAGACUUUCUUGAAAUGGACCUGGGGAAGACUGAGCACAGAGCGCCUAUGAAAACGGAGCCCGUGUGA